AUGUCAAGGGAACCACUUCUUCCAACGACAAACCCUGUCGAGAAUCAAAAAUAUAUUAAAGUACUAUUUACAACUGAAACAAUAGAACCUAUUUUAUUGGAUAUUACAACUGUACCGCCAUCAGAUCUUUCAUUAAAAUCACUUCGGCAAACGAUACGAAAUAUUAAAAGUAAUGACACCAAAGAUCGUACAUUAAGAUUCUUAAGAUCUGGUUCCAUUAUAACAGCGUCAUAUUAUCAGACACAGGUUAAUAACUAUUUGAAAUCUCAAAAUAAUGAACCUUUCUUUAUACAUUGUGUCAUUGGUGUUGAUCGGAUUAGAGAUCCCUCAGAGAUUCAAACGUAUGAACAACAAGAUGAUGAUGGUGUGAGCCAUUUAGGUGGGGCUCAGAAUCAAAAUGGAAACUCUAUGGGUGCCAUUGGGUUCGAUAGGUUGAGAUCUGUCGGUUUUAGUGAUGAAGAGAUUGAUCUAUUGAGAUCACAAUUCCGUUCUACAUAUGGUGAUCUAGAGAAUCGGGGUAAUGAUAAUGAUAAUGACACUACAGAAAAUAUAAAUGUCGACGGUAAUACUAAUAAUAAUAAUGCUACAGAUAUUAGAGAAUUAGAAGAACAAUGGAUGGAGAAUGGAGUGGGUGAUAAUGAUGAUAGAUUUAAUUCAGUUCCAAACGCUAAUUUUAAACAUAAUAUAGAUUUAUUGGUUGGAAUAUCUGUUGGAUUUACAUUUGGAGUCUUUAGUUUAGUCAUUAUGAAAUUCGAUGGAUUGUUUAAUAAAAGACAGAAAAUGUCAAUAUUUGCUGGAUUAAUUGUCAACGUAAUAUUUUCAUUAUUAAGAAGUACAGAUGAAUAA